AUGGCUAAGAGCACUAGGCUUGUGGGUCUUGCAUUCAUUCUCUUGCUCACUGUAACCCUCACCACUGCCUCUAGGACUUUGCACAAGGUUAAACAUUCCAGUGUUGGCGGUGGCGGUGGCGGUGGUGAUGGAGGGGGUGAAAGUGAAACAUAUGGCAGCGGUGGCGGUGGUGGUGGCGGAGGCGGCGGUGGUGGUGAAAAUGGUGGUGGCUCCGGCUAUGGACAUGGUUCCGCUCCGGCUAUGGCUCCGGUGGUGGUGCUAACGGAGGAGGUUAUGGCCGUGGAGGAGGAGGAGGCAGUGGUGGCGGUGGAGGACAUGGAGGCGGCAGUGGAUCUGGCUAUGGCUCUGGCUCCGGAUAUGGUAGUGGAGGUGGGAAUGCCGGAGGAGGAUAUGGACAUGGCGGGGGUGGUGGUGAUGGCGGUGGUGGCGGUCAAGGAUCGGGAUCGGGUUCUGGCUCCGGCUAUGGUUCUAGUGAAGGUGGUGGUUAUGGACAUGGACGAAACCAGGAUUUAUUGA